UGAACGUCAUUCUGAUGGGUUUGUUUUAUCCCGAACGAGUGACGAAAAAUUUUAAUAGAUGUCAUAACAAUAACCUCAAAAAUGUCAAAAAUACUGCAAAAACACAGUCAAAUCACAAUAAGAUUUUGUUUUUUGUACGCAGUAUCGCAUAAUAAUUAAGAGAUUUAAUCAACACAUACUUCAGAAACCAUGCUGUUGCAUUUUUAAUGUAUAAUUGAAGGUGAUAAUCGUUUCCAUAGAAACAAAACAACGUAGUGUUAUUAAUAUACUCUUUUUGCAAAACCAUGAAAAGAAAAUGUUUGAUCGAAGUUUUUGACAGUGACGAUCUCGAAGUCUUAGGAAAGAAAUUUAAUGGUAUUUUAGCGAGUAUUCCUAGAGCAACAGCGAUGUAUAAAAAUACGAUUUGGUAUCAAUCUCUCCAAGCGGCAGAAAAAUCAUGUUUAAAGGAAGAUAAAAUUAAAAAGAUUCACUACAAAUUUCAAGAUGAACGGGAAAUGGUCGAGGAGUAUAACACAGACACCCAAGUUUUACUACGAAGGGCUUGGAAGCUUAAAGGGAAGUUUGGAGUCGAUGAGAAAUGGGAGGUCGAAGUUGGGGACUCAAUCCCGAAUGCCACUACUGUGAAUACUGAUGCUGCAGAUAUUAUGGAAUGUCAGGAUCAGCCUCAACUUGUUAGACGCAAUACAAGAAUAAAUCUAGAAUGGCGGAUUAGAAACCUGCCAUACCCUAUAGAAACCUACUCUAUAAGUGCCAAUAAUGACGAAAAAUGUAUUGUAAUCCGUACUACCAAUAAGAAGUAUUUUAAGAAGCUACAAGUACCAGAGUUGACAAGACUCAAUUUACCAAUAGAACAAGCUGAUAUACAGUGUAUUCAUAAGUAUAACACUUUGAUUAUUACAUAUAAAAAACCUCAACAGCUGCUAGAAAUGGAAAAGCACUGGUAUGAACAGCUGAAGGAUGUAAAACCAGUGAAGGACAUUCCCAAUGAUUGUAAAGCACAAUGAAAAUUGUGUUUUAUAAGUGCAACUGCAAUGUUUCUAUUAUAUCACAUUUUGUUUAUUCUAUAUUAAUUAAAGAUUCCAAAAUCCUUGAUAUGUUUUUUGCUUGUAUAAUGUAACAUUUUUGCUCAGUUCAUAAACAUCAAAUACAAAUUAUAUUUUCUCCCAACAAACAAAGACCAAUUUUACAUAACAAACUAGCGACUCGUUUUAUAAAAUAUAUACAGGGUGCUCCAACAGACACUCACUCCACUCAGAAAAAAUUCCUUCGAUCCGGUCGGAGUAAUUUUACAAAAAAUAUUUGAAAAUCAAUUCAAUAAAAAUUUAAUUAAUUGGCAAUCUUUAGUUGCAAGAACAAUUAAAUUUUGCCCAAC